AAUAUGGAUAUUGAUAUAGCUCGCAGUUUAAGACGAAAUAUAAUCCCGCAGUUUAUAACGGGAUUUGAACGGGACUCGUAGACGGGUUAUCUUGUUACUGGGUUGAAGUACCGUUGGAAUAUUAACGAAUGGGUGACGCAGUCUACCGACCAGUUUAUGUCUAAAUAGAAUCGAAUAAAAUCGAUCUAGUCAGUUAAGGAAUUGAACGGUGCGUGAGAGAACUCAGACUUGCGGAAUUGCAAAAAAAUAAAAAUCAAUUUAAGAACUCCGUACAAUACAAGGAAUAUUUUGAAUUCUUAAACAAGCAACUUGCAAACUGCAUAAUACCUUUCGACUUAUGGAUUUAUAAAUAUAAAUAUUUAAUGCAACAAAUACAAACUUAAUUAUUUUGCAAUUUAUUUAUUGCAGAAUUUCUUUGAAGUAAUCGGGCUAUUGGAAUUCUUACUUUAGUUGAAACAUUGCGGCAGAAGCAAAACAAAAGUUUGUCGAAGGGAGAGUUUUUAAAAGAAAGCAGAAAAAGAAGAAUUCACAAUGAGAUAGUAAAGUGCACUACAUGGAUAUUAACGAGACAGGAGACAAAUAAAAACACCAGCCAUGCAGGCCCGAACCGCAACUAUUCGGAUUGAAGAACCGUUUCGCAAAACGUGGAGAGAGCCGGUGACGAUAAUUUCAGCAGAGGAAUUGAAAAGAGCAGAAAGUGGCGACAGUAUAGAUGGAGCGGAAAUAGACUCGAUUAACUCAAAUUCACGACACGAGCAAAAAGGUGUCAGUGAAAUCGUGAAGCGAAUAACUCCAUCUAUGCCGGAUAUUAGAAUAAUUUCGGACGAAAAACAAUCAGAACAAAACAAUAACAACGAAAACUUGAAUCCUUCGUGUAAAGAUGUGAUAUUCAGAACUCCUCAGAAACGAAGCUGUGAAAUGAUGAAUGUCUCGCAUUGCUUAAGUUCAGACUUCCACAAAGCCUAUUCAGACUCGUAUCUCUGUGAAAAAUCAGACUGGAUGCUGGGCGAACGGUCAAGCUCAAGGUCGCCACCCUCACCGUCCGUGGGGUCACGAUCACCCCAGAUAAGGUCAAGGUCACCCAUUGUAAAUAAGUCUCCGUCAGUUCGCCAUGCGUCCAGCGAGUUCAACUUCUCUCCGGAAAGUACCGAGCAUUACCGAUGUGAGGUCGAGGCGGAGUCACAACGGGUCAAAAACGCCUGUUUGAAGAAGUCGCGAAUGGUUCCUACCUCACCAGCCUUCCUCAAGCUUCCUACCACCAGCAGAGAGACGCUUACAUGUCGCCAAGGCAUCACCGCAGCUCACGUGACCACGUGACCUACGAGCAUGUGGCUGGCUCACACGACCUCGGCGCCAUGUUGUCACGGGACCACCAGGAACCGGAAAGCCACUACUACCUCGGCAGUCCGUCUUUCAGAAGCAAACUUGCAAGCUUCUUUAGCGAUUCGGAGUCGUUUCGAGCCAAGCGUCGCCUCGAUAUUGAAGACGAAUACGUUUCUACUCCGAAGCGAAUAAAAAGCGAUUUGGAGAGAGAAAUGGGUUAUCGGUAUCUACAACAGUUAGAGUCUGACAUUACUAAGGUGCGCAGCAAAUUGCUCAAAUCGGAAACGGAAACGGAGCGUGACCGAAAGUCUGCGAACUGCACAUGCGCAAUUAUGGAGAAACAGUUUUUGGCGAUGGCGGAGAGUGCAUAUAGGUCAGUGCGCAGAAUUGACGCAUCGCCGCGCGGGUUUGAACAAUUCAGACGAGAGCUGGUGCAGACAAACGAAGUCAUGAAAGACUCACUCGAAGUUUUGAAAAACAUCAAAAGUUUUUGUGAGCAUAAAUCUUAAAAGUUGUCACUUUUGGCUUAUUACCCUACUUUUGAAACUGACCUGUAAUGGGUAAUCCGUUAGGCGAUCGAUUACCGUACUUUCGUUUUACAAGGACAAAGCUAUUGUCCUAUUAUUUAACAUAUAAUUAUUUAUAUGAUAAUGAACGACAUUGAUUGAUUGUAUAUUUUGCAUUUAAGAAUUCCACUUAGGCUCAAAGCUCAAAGCUAACAUUCCAUUCAAUCAUACAAUCAUACACAUCUCUAAAUAGUCAUAUCGAAUCACUCACACUUUUGUUGUUUUCCGUCCUGUAAAACUUCGUAUUAAGAUUUGUCUCUCAAUUGUCCAGUAUUUAACGCAUCAGUUUUGAUCAUGAUCAAUUUGCUCACAUAUCGAACACGUUUACAUAUUGUUGUAUUCGAAUAUGUAUUGCUGUCACUUAGAAGCCUUCCAACUGAGUGACGCUGUGAUUAUGUCUGUGAUUAUACAUGUACGUGUAUUUAUGCAUCGAUUAUGUUGUCUUCACGAACAUAUCCAAAUAUCCGAACAUAAGUACAAUGUCCGAAACAUACUUCACUGUUUUUUCCGUUACGGAAAUGUUCAGUGCCUGUCAUCAUUCCAUAAGCGUUAUUAAUUGUCCCUGUGUGGUUCUCCGAAUAUUCCGUGGAUUUACGGAAACAUUUGUGUGUUCAAGUUUAUAUGUUUAUGUGUUCGAAAAAAUGUGUUCCUCAACGUUUUACAUCCAACUGGUUGUGAUUUGUAAAUGGUUGUUUGUGCUAUUUUAGUAUAAACAUAUAUUUUAUAGAGUGUGUUAAAGAGAUAUCCACUUGUUAAGGUUAGAGUAUGUCAUUACUUAUCACUUUGUUUGUUAUUUAUAAUAUUGUUCUUUUCUUUUGGAUAGCUGUUCUUUUUGCUGUGAUUUUUUUUGUUGUGUUAGAUAUUUAAUUGGCUAUAUUUAUUCAAGUAGUUUAUAGAAUAUUUAUAUACCUCCUUAAAAAAACGUCUAUUGAAUUUUGAUAAAUUUAUUACAUGGUUUACACAAGAAAUGUUGAUUUUAUUGAGCGAAGCUAAUUUAAACGCAAGAAUCCAUUCACGCUCAAUUGAGUAUCAAUAGUUUAACAAUAUUACAAUAUUUGCUUGAAACGUAUUUGUCACAUACAUUUUCGGCAAUUUUCCACCAUGUCGACCUAUUUUCAACAAUAAGCUGGUUAUUUUAAAUACAUAGUUCGCAGGUAAUAUUUAUCAUUUUAAUUUAGCUAGUUUAUAUCAUUCUGGACGCUUCGACUAUGGACCAUUGUUUUAUCUCUGUCAAAAUAGUUCGAGUGAAUCCGAAUGAGUAGCGCCAGGAUAACGUCACAUGAUGUUACCAAAAAUAGUAACAGUUAGCUUAAAAAGCCGUGCACAACCAUUGCAGGUAUAAUACUUGAUUGACUUGUAUCCGUUAUUGUUUUGUUUUGUGUUUUAUUUUAAUUUUGCUGUGUUCUUGCAACAAGCACCUUCCCCUUAUCCAUGCCGUCCAUGGGAAUGUUAACCACUUGUAGAAGUUAUUUGUUUCUAUAUUUAGUAUCAAUUAGGAACUCCAUAAUUAGUAAAUGUAUAUGUAGUUCUUAAAUAAUAUCCAAUACUUAAAAAGGCUGAGUAGAGCCGAAAAUAUACUCCUUCAUAGCUAGCCCCACGUCCGACUUAAUUUUUUAAUUUAUUUAUAAAUGAAAGUAUGUACACGACGUAAUUAUAUUUCUUGGGAUCACGUUCAACGUUUUCCUCCUGCAAAUGUUACUAUUAAUAGCAUCAAUUGGCGCAAUAAUUGUCCAACCAUAACAUGUAGUUCUAUUUAUACGAGGUUUGAUAAAUAAGUUUGUAGAAAUACAUUUUGUGAAAAAUUGACUCUGCUCUGACGUCAACUAAAGAAAUUAUGCAAAACAUUCUAUAAACUUUCUGAUCAUUCCUCGAAGUAUAAAGCCUUAUUUAAAACGGUUUAUAUUUAUAGUAUUUAUCACUCUGUCUCUAUUACGUCUGUUUUUGAUCACGAUUUAUUAUUGCUAAUUUAUUUAAAUUUGAUCACAGAUUUUAUUAAAAGUGACAAAAAUUU